AUUAUAUACAUAUAUAUAUAUAUAUAUGUACAAAGAAAGGUGAAACAUUCAACAAAUUCUGUUUUCUCAAAAAAAAAGAAAAUAUAUAUAUAUAUAUAUUUAUUCCGAAAUAUUCUGUGCUUUAUUGUUUUACGGUCGACAGAUCCAAUGGCCGGGAAAGGGUGGAGAAAAUUUGUGUUGGUGUUUUUUCGGUCGGUCGAGAUGAUAUGUUAAGACAGUCGAGACCGACAUCCAAACUUCACCUUGACACCAUAGUUUCUUCACAUCAAGUGAGUCCCUUCUUCAGAAUAUUUUCGCACCUGUCUCCAAUGAACCGUAUCUGUAUUCCUAGAGUCACAUAUUUUGACAAACUUUACCUGAAACUCCAGCACUUAUUCUGAAGAAUCUGCACUGAUGUCUAACAGCCUAAUUUUGAACUUUCUUCCCUAAAAUUAUUUUAGAGCCAUUUUGACAUCAGAGACCUUUUCCAGAAGAUUUACUUUCUUCUUCUAUCUCCGAAGUUAUAUUUCCAGAAAUUUCACUGCCCUAAUUUUGAAGAGCAUUCUUUAAAAUUCCAGUGACCCCGCAAGAAAGAGGACCUUUCUGUAAUAUUUAUAACUUUAUCUUCUACAAUUUUCUCUAAUAUUCUUUAAUCUUGAUGCUUAAGAACAUUCACCGAAAUUCUAAUAUAUUUAAUCAUUCUACCCAAAAAAAAAAACUGGAUCUCCUCAAGUGGUCCUUAACCAAGAAAUAUUUUCUGCUGACAAAGUCUAAAUCAUUGGAAGACUUCCGCCAAACUGGGUGGCGUUUGAAACAAACUAAGCCACCUUCUCAUGAAACAUAAGAUUCCUUUGCUCUGGUGCUUAACUCUGGUUUCUGUGGUAUCAAGUAGAUGAGAGAUAAAUCUCCCCCUGGACGUAAUAAUAUUGCUAUGUGGAAUUUCCCGAGAAAUAUCAAGUAGUUAACCGUCAUUUAGUUGAAGUGGGACACAUCAACAACAACGACAUUUUCAGUGGUAUUUCCUCAGAAAAUAUCUUGUUGCUUAUCUUCCUGCUGGUGAAGGAAGACACGACAACCACAACAGGAACAACAACAUUUGCAGUGGAAAUUCUCCACAAAUGCCUCGUUGCUGGUCUUCAUGUAAAAAAAGCAACACAGACAUAAUAACAUCACCUGCUUUGUGAUAGGAAGGGGCCAACUGUCCCAGAUCGAACAGUCCCCCUCUCCAAUACAUCUUCUUCUCUUCACCAGAACUUUUUUUUGCUCACCAUUUACACAAAUGUCACACAAGGACUACAUCAAUCACCAAAUGUGAUUUCAAUUUAUAGAAAAUUAAUUAUAAUUUCUUCAUAAUUUGGAAUCAUUUUCCUAGAAAUUUAUUUCUUGUUUAUUUUAAAAUUCAACAAUUCUUCCAUCAUACCAAGACGAAAGACUAAAAACUAAAGACUAUGUCCGUCAAGUUUGUAUCAUGUAACAAAAUUUGUGUUGAGGAAUAGACAACCUGCUGCCACACACACACACAUACACAUACACACAGGCUUACACCUGCAUUCAUACAAUAUGUAAACGAUUUUACCAGUCCUUCUUCCCUGGAGCUGUGUCUCCCUCUGGAACUCACUCUUGGCCCAUGUAUUGUCCCUACCAAACUACAACAGUUUAAAUGGAAGAUUAAACCUCACCCCCACCCCAGUCUAGAAGAGGACUGUUAAAACCAUUGCUAUGGUCACUGGCUCUCCUCACACUAAUUAAAAACAACACACACACACACACAAAGAGGCUCAUACAUACAUACACAUACACACACAUAUACAUACAUGCAUAUAGAUAUACAUAGAUUUAUACACAUAAACACACACAGUCUACUGGUUGUAUUAAAGUUACAUUAGUACGUCAGUGCAAAUGUAUACAUACAUGUACACAAAUCUGAACAUAUAAUUUAUAUGUCCCUGCAGUUAUAUACAUACAUACAUACAUACAUAUAUACAUACAUAUAUACAUACAUACAUACAUAUAUAUACAUCUGGUUAUAUAUCAGCACAUAUAAAUAUUGCACACGCUUGAACCACUUUCCAUAUAGCGUGCACAGACACAAACACACUCAUAGCCAGACGACACAUACACUUAAGGAACACACACAUACACACACACAUAUACAGAGUCCAUUCACUAAAUAUAUACAAAUAGAAACACACACGGUAUAGUCACACAGACACAGUCACAAAGUAUCACACACACACACACACACACACAUUGUCAAAUCCACAACAACAGUUUCACUCUGAUUGCUCAAUAUAUCUAUCGUCUUAAACAAGUAUCUCAACCAACAAAAAUGCUGUCAGCAGAAGGAAGCCAUCUGAUAAUUAACCAAAAGUCAUAACUGUUUCUGUGAUAAUUACUACAUCAGUUUCUAAUAACAAUCUAAUUAACAAUGUGUAAUUAAUUAUGUCUAAUCUAUCUAACCAAAUGUAUCCAUUCAAUAACCAAUACGGAUUAGAUUUACAUAAUCCUCCUGGAUUAUUCUACGGAGGUGAAGACUCUUUGAAGCUGAACCAGCAUGAGAAUGGAUCAAAUGCGGAACAGGGCCAGCGCCACACUGGCGGGAAGUCUUGUAGGUGUAAUUUCUGCCAAAAGGGCUAUCCCCAUACGAUGUCGGCCAAUCCGAGGAUGUCGUCUGAUGGCAACAGCGGAGCCAGCAGCAGCAACAACAGCAAUGACAACAACAGCAACAUGUUGGAUUCUAUACAACAACAACAACAGCAGCAGCAGCAACCUCAUGGCAUGAAUCCGCUUCUCAAUUCCAGCUCAACUCAUUCUUUGCAGUCUCCACCUCACUCUGACAGCGCAAUUAUGAACGGAAGUGAUAAUGGAGACGAUGCUGGCAAUGUGUCGAGUUUGAAAUCAACCCCACAUUCAAACCCGACCCGAACUCCUCCCGUCUCUUCUUCCAACAGCGUUAUCCCGCCCCUCCUAAUCCCCAAUGUCCCCACUUCUUCGAGCAACUCUGCAAAAUGCUUCUUCUGCACUUUCUGCAAGAAGGCCUUUGCUCAGCAAAUCCACUUGAAAAACCACGAACUUACCCACACAGCAGGGGGCGAGUAUCAACAGAAACCUUACACGUGUGAGAUCUGUAACAAGAGCUUCAACCUGCAAAUUAAUUUGAAGAAUCACCAGAGAAUACAUUCAGGGGAGAAACCCUUCACCUGUGUCGAGUGUGGGAAAGCCUUCAGCCAGCAAGGGAAUCUGAAGAUACACAUGAGAACACACACUGGCGAAAAGCCUUAUCAAUGCGAAUUAUGCCCGAAGGCAUUCAGCCAACGAACCAACUUGGAGAACCAUUGUCGUAUACAUACAGGUGACCUCUUUAGUUGCAUGACGUGUUCGAAGACUUUCACGUUGCAAAUUAACUUACGCAAUCAUGAACGCAUCCAUACAGGUGAGAAACCGUACUUGUGUGGGUUUUGCCCCAAAGCGUUCAGUCAGCAAACGGCACUGAAGAAUCACCACCGGACACACACCGGGGAAAAGCCUUACACAUGCUUAACAUGUGGCAAAGCUUUUAGUCAGCAAGGAAACUUGAAACUCCACAUGAGGAAUCAUACUGGAGAGCGACCGUUUGUGUGUCAGACAUGUGGCAAAGCGUUCAGUCAACGGGUCAACUUGGAGGACCAUAAACGCCUGCACACCGGAGACAUGUUCUACUGUCAAUUCUGUAAGAAGGCCUUUGCCAAUGCUUUCUUCCUCCGCAACCACGAACGUAUUCACACCGGUGAGAAGCCAUUCAAGUGUUCGUUUUGUCCCAAAGCGUUCAGUUUGCAGAUAAACAUGAAGAAUCACAUGAGAACGCAUACUGGAGAGAAGCCGUUUAGGUGUUUAACUUGUGGGAAGUCCUUCAGUCAGCAGGGCAACCUGAAGUUGCACAUGCGAACACACACAGGCGAGAAACCCUAUCAAUGUGAACUCUGUCCGAAGACGUUCAGUCAGAAGACGAACCUGGAUAACCAUAGGCGUAUUCAUAACGGGAACAUGUUUAAGUGUUCGAUGUGUUCAAAGGCAUUUACUCUUCAAAUCAGUUUGCAGAAUCACGAACGCAUUCAUACUGGGGAGAAACCUUAUUAUUGCACUGUGUGUAACAAAACAUUUGCACAGCGUGGAAAUCUGAAAACUCACUUUCGCAUACACACGGGGGAGAAACCUUUUCAAUGUGACGUGUGUGGGAAAAGCUUCUCACAGAGGGCCAAUCUAAACAAUCACAAACGCACUCGCACUGGUUGUGAACUCUAUUCAAAGCCAUCGGCCACUGCUGGAUCGUCGGCCCUGACCACCUCUAAGGAAUCUAACAUAGGGAAAGACUAUACGUCCCCGCAAAUCGCUGACAGGUCGGGGUCAGAGAUGUCCUCUUCGAACCUGUCUCCUCCAUCGUUCCCUUGCAACACACGCAGGAGCCCACCGCCUAAGACUAACAACCCUUCUUUGAAAUCCAGAGAUCCAUCACACACUGAGGGUAGCAGCACAAGCCACCCGGAUGCUCCCAGUCAGACCCACAUGAGGAGCCACAGCCACAGCAACAUGGCCAGCAUCCUCCCCAGCCACCCGACCUCCCAGCCACAAAACCUUCAUCACAUGAACCCUAGAGACUCCAAGAAUCACAGUGUCCGACUCCAGGCCCCGUCGGUCACACCCAGCUGGAUGGCACCGGCCUACCUCCACGAGAUACCCCCCAACUGGGAGAACAAUUACUUGUGGUCGCGCAGCUUCCCCAUCCCCCCUAUUUUGGGCACUGGCUGGCCCAACAUGUCCAGUAUCCCCAACAUACCCAACACCGUGUCGAACGGACACAAGCAACAGCACCACCCUAUCUCUAAUCACCCGCACUCUAUUUCCUCCUCACUCCAUUCCAAUCGAAAAACAUAAGAGACCCCUUUCUCUAGAUUUCUAAUAUUGAAUCCUGAAUCAAUUGACAAUGUCACCUUUGACCCUUGGGGUCAGAAAAUGUUAUGACUGUAACAUACACACACACACACACAUAUCGCAUCAGUUAACACACCAAAGUUGCAAUGGUAACCCACUGGUUACUGUAUCAAAGUUACCAUGGUAACAGACCAGUUAUCAUGUUAAGACCAGUUACUAUGGUAACACACCAGUUACUGCACCAAAGUUCCUAUGGUAACACUAUUUACUGCACCAAAGUUACUAUGGUAACAUACCAAUUACUGUACCAAAGUUACUAUGGUAACACACCAGUUCCCAUAGAAACACAAGCUUCGUUUUCUCAACCGUUUUAGUAUAAACCUUCUUCACUUUAUAUUUGUCCCCUAACAUCAUUAAGAUGUCUUUGUCAUGGAAGCCCCUAACCCAGCUUUAGUUGCCCACCUUCUGUGAGUGGCCAUGUUAUUAGGGCACACACAGGCUUCCCACUUGUUAUCUUCCCCACACUGUGAUGUCAACCAUUAUAUUUUUAGGGCACACACACCCCCCCCGAUGAUCUAGGUUGUCCUCAACGCGAGUUGAACCCGGAACAUUAUUAUUACACGAUGAAAUGAUGUACAUUUGAGGAGGAGGAGGAGGAGAAGGAGGUGAAGGUGGAGGAGGGAUGGUAUGAGUGUUUGUGUAGACGGUCUGUUUUUUUUUUUGUUUGUUUGUUUGUUUUCUUUUUCUUCUCCCUAAAGUGGACAGAGGAAUGCAAAAGGUCCUGCCCAGAGUUGUUACCUGGUGGUGGUGGAGAUGGUGGUGGUGGUGGUGGAUUUCCACGAGUGGUCGGAGAAGAUGAGGUAUUUUCAAAGAUCCCAUAUAUAUAUGUGUGUAUACAUAUAUAUAUAUAUAUAUAUGCACAUAUACAUACAUAUAUACAUGCAUAUACACACACACAUGCU